AUGUCUUUUCCAAUAAAAUUUUUUUCACUUCAAAAAACAGAGUUAGAAUACGAAGUUGCGAUAAGAGGUGAAAGCCCAGGUACUACUGUGGCUGAACUUAGAAAACAAAUCAAUAAAUUAAGUCAGUUGUUUCCUUCUCACGACAUAUUAUGCUCUCACCUUGAACCAUCUGAGGAUAUAGCGGCUGUUGUAAAGUUAUUAAACAAAAUCAAAUCGAGUCUGGACUCUGGUCUUACAGACAAAAGUUCGUUAUUACGUUUAGAAAAUUUAUUAAAUCACAUUUACCAUAGGAUCAACAGAAUUGAACCUGAUGACAUAAAAGAGGAACAUCUUACAAGUACCAAACUCUUCAGGAUAUGUUACGAACAAUAUUUAAAACUUUCAAAUAAAAUAGUCGAUCCUCUUUUAGUUGAUUUAGCCACCUCAACGAUUGCGACUUCGUCUAAAAGUCAACAACCUAUUAAUAUUGCUGUCACUUGUGACAAAAGUGUAACUUCCGAACUAGGCAGGUUGAAGUUCGAUGGCAAGUCUUGCGUUAGAUCUUUUAUUGAACGUGCUAAUGAAUUUAGCGAAGCACGUAACAUCCCCGACUCAAAAUUCUUAUCACUUGCAACAGAAAUAUUUACGGGUGACGCAUUACAUUGGUUUAGAACUAUUAAAGACCAAGUUUCGUCUUGGGAUGAUCUAGUUGUUUUGUUGAAACAAGAUUUUGAUAAAAGUGAUUAUGAUUACCGUUUAGUUUCUGAGAUUCGCUCUAGGACCCAAGGGGAAACGGAAAAUAUCACAAUUUUUUUGUCUAUCUUAUCAGGUAUGUUUGCACGGCUUUCUAACCCAAUGCCGGAAGAGGACAAGCUUGAAAUUGUGUUGCAUAAUAUUCGUCCAUGUUAUGCUAGCACUUUAGCUUCCUCGCCUGAGUUACGGAAUAUAGAUCAGGUUAAAACUAUCUGUAAAAAUUACGAAAAUAUUCAAUCGCGAUUUGCGCACUUCAGAGAACCAAUUGCAGCUUUUGGUACUCUGGCACCAGAAUUUGCUUAUAAAGGCACUGAAAUAUCUGAUAAAUUUAAGUUAAGCAGUAAUGACGUUAAAACUUCAGGCCUUCUAGAUUCAGGUUCAGCAGUAACCAUACUAGGUAAUUAUGCUCACACCGCAUUGGUCGAUCGUGGUUUGAAGUUAUAUACAGCAGAUAAGUUAUCAAUUGUGACGGCUGGUGGACAGAAUUUCAAAACUGUUGGUUAUCUAGAUUUACCAGUGCAGUUUGAAGAUCAAUUUCACAUUAUUAAGGCCCAUAUAGUUCCCGAAGUUCAAUCACCACUUAUUUUAGGAGUUGAUUUCUGGCGCGCUUUUAAACUAUGUCCUAAAUAUUUGGGAUCGUUUGGUUUAUCAAGUGUUCCUCUAGCAAACAUAAAUACUGAUACUUCUACUGUAUUCAUACAUUCAUACGAGAAUUUAGAUGAGUCUCAGAGGGCUCGUGCCAGUAAUAUUAUUGAUCAGUUUAAGGAAAUUUCUUUUGAAUACAAAGGCUUAGGACGCACGAAUUUAAUUACUCAUCGCAUAGAUACAGGAAGUUCUCCUCCGGUUAGACAGCGUUACUAUAGACUUUCUCCAGAAAAACAAAAAAUUUUAGUCGAGCAGGUGGAUGAAAUGUUAAAACUUGAUGUAGUUGAGCCUUGCGAAAGUGCGUGGCAAUCUCCAGUAUUACUAGUAACAAAGAAAAACGGUCAGCCUAGAUUUUGCCUAGAUAGCAGAAAACUCAACUCCAUCACAAAACGUGAUGCAUAUAAUUUGCCAUAUAUAAGCGAAAUAUUGGAUAACUUACGUGACGCGCGUUACCUUAGUAGUAUUGAUUUAUCUAAGGCCUUUUGGCAAUUGCCGAUUGCCCCCCAGGAUAGAGAUAAAACAGCAUUCUACGUCCCAGGUCGCGGAACGUUCAGGUUCAAAACUACUCCGUUUGGGUUGACUAACGCACCAUCUACGCAACAGCGUUUGGUUGAUUUAUUGUUUGGGAAUAUGGAAAACAAGGUAUUCGCAUAUUUGGACGAUAUAGUUUUAGUUACUAGCUCGUUUGAUGAUCAUGUGACACUUCUCUUGCAAGUACUUGAUAAGUUACGAAUGGCAAACUUAACUGUGAAUCUAGAAAAAUGUGAAUUUUAUCGUAGUCAGCUUAAAUAUUUAGGCUACGUGGUUGAUGCGAAAGGUUUACGAACUGAUCCAGAUAAAAUCUCAUCAAUUUUAAACUAUCCAACUCCUACGUGUCGUAAGGACCUUAAACGUUUCCUCGGCACGGCAACUUGGUAUAGAAGAUUUGUUCCAAAGUUUAGCACAAUCGCUGGGCCGCUCAAUAAGCUAACUUCUAGUAAAAAGUCAGCUCCCCCCUUUAAAUGGACUGAUGAAGCUGACGUCGCGUUUAGGAUGCUAAAAGAAUGUUUAGUAUCUGCACCAGUUCUAUUUUGCCCUAAGUAUGACCUUCCUUUUGAAAUCCACACUGACGCUAGCAACUAUGGCGUAGGUGCUAUGUUGACUCAAACUAUUGAGGGUAAAGAACACCCAAUAGCUUACAUGAGCAGAUCUCUAUCCGGGGCAGAAAAGAAUUAUAGUAUCACAGAGCGUGAGACAUUGGCUGUUAUCGUCGCACUAGAGCAAUGGAGAUGCUACAUAGAAAACGGAAAAACGUUUACGGUGUACACAGAUCAUUCAGCAUUAAAGUGGUUCCUAAAUUUAAAUAAUCCAACAGGGCGCUUAGCGCGGUGGGGUGUACGGCUAUCAUCAUUUAAUUUUGUCGUAAAACACCGCCGGGGAGUUGAUAAUAUUAUACCAGAUGCUUUAUCGCGUGCUGUACCGGUGUCUACCAUAGAUACUUUGUUAGCAAACACGAACACUAGUGACGAUUGGUAUUUAAAUAUUUACGACGGCUGUAUUACUGGCCUAAUAUGCAUAGCGAUGUAA